AUGCUCGUUCAAGCUCUUUCAGUGGUCGCGUCGGCCUCAGUUGUCAUGGCUGCCACUCAGCACGUCGUCCUAGUCGGACCUGAUCACACACUGAACUACGAACCGAGUACCGUACAAGCCUCGGUCGGAGACACCAUCCUCUUUCAAUUUCAAGCAGGCAAUCAUUCCGUCACCCAGUCAACCUUUCAGAAUCCAUGCACGUACAGUGGAGGAUUCAACAGUGGCUUCUUUCCCAUCUCGGGGAACCCCGUCGAUGUCGCUAUCACUGUAGAGACCUCUGACCCUAUUUGGAUGUUCUGCGCUCAAGACGGUCACUGCGAAGCUGGGAUGGUCUUUGCUGUCAACCCUCCAAGUUCCGGAGACACUUUCUCAGCCUUCGUUUCAAACGCUGAGAGUGGUAACACUGCCAGUGCCACUACUACCAUGACUGGUUCCGCCGCUGCCAGUCUCAUCUCUACCUGGACCGCGUCUACCACGUUGACCGUCGCUAGUGGCAGCGCUUCAGCUACUGCCUCAGCCUCCGAUUCCAGUUCCAGUAUGACUAGCGGCGGGUACGGCAUGGCGUCCUCCUCCUCGGCGGCUACAUCGAGCGGAGCCAGCUCCACGUCGAGUGCGUCGGCGGCUGCAAAGACCUCUGGAGGUGCUUCUGCUCUCUUGACCCCUUCUGCUGCUGGACUGUUCUUGUCAUUCCUCCUCUCGGCGUUCAUGUAA